GUGCUUUAUCUGUUUGUGUUUGUUGCCACGUCCAGAAAUCCUAGCCACUCUCCCCUAUAGGGAUUCUAUACUUGGGAACGGCAAACAAGAUAAGAGAAUGUAUAAUAAAUGGUAGGAUAUUGACUAAUUUAGAGCAACAGAAAGUCCUUGAGUGCAUGCCUACUGCUGCUUGAAGCUAGAUGACAAAUAAUUACAGUAGUUAAGGAGACUUACAGACUAUUUUCUACUUUUAGCCUAGAUGCUGAAUGGAGGGACAGGGUGGUUAUAUGAAAGCUGCAUAGCAAGCAAUUUAAGUCACAGUCAAAGUCCUGGAUACCAAAUUACUGAAAAAAUGUCACAAAAGAUAAUGUGCAGAAAAAUGUCGCUAAGACUUACAUUCUUUAACUUUGAGGAAAGGUUCAAUAGACUGGGCUUGUCUUUAUGGAACAGAGAGAAGUUCAGGGGAGAUUUAAUUGAUUAAUAAAAUACUAGGUAUGUCGAUAGAAUGGGUAGAAAAGGCUUCUUUCCCUCAUCAGAGGCACCGAUAAUCAGAGACAUUAUUUAUAGCAUUUGGUAUAAGGUUUAAUCUAAAGUUGAGCAAGUAUUUUCUGCUCAGAGGAUAGCGUGGGUCUCAACUUCAAUCUCUGGAAAGGUGGAAGCACAUUAUGUUUAAAAAGUAUGUGACAGACGUUGAAAUCUACGAAGGUGUUGAAGAACUAGAAAAUACGAUUAGGUUGGCCAACUGGAUGUGCGCACAGACGCGAUGGCCCGAAUGACUUCUAAUAGAGUUGUAAGUCUUUCUACUCCCGUGAUUCAGGGCUGCUUUCAUUGUUUAAUGUAAAAUUACUAUGGCGAACUCUGAAAAGCGGUGCUGGUUUUUCGGUGUACCGAAUCCUCCCGCCUCCAACGAGCUGCGUUUGGUCUCCAGCGUCAUCGAGUCGAUGCAACGUGAGACGAGCAGCGCCGCAGCAGCGAGCCCAGCACUUGUACUCUGUCAGACAGACCCUGCAGCAAGGAGGACCGGCUCUUCACAACGCACCUUGCAUACAAGCAAAAGUUCAACUCUAAGUCGAUAAGACUAUGGACGCUCCAGUGGUAAUUACUAGAGAAGGCAUGGGUUCCAAGUUUGUGUUGUACUCUGAUGAACGUACCCCUGCCAUUAUCCCAAACAGCACUUUCCCAACUACUUCAUAUUAUUGGGAAAAUAGCACCGAUUUUUUUGACUUUCACACGAACACAGUGAACACCCUUAUUCCCAUCAGUAUCACCGCUGUCUAUUCGCUCAUUUUUGUGGUGGGUACGGUGGGCAAUUGCCUAGUUAUGUACGUGAUCGUCAGACACACCAAGAUGAAGACAGCUACCAACAUCUAUAUUUUUAAUCUUGCUGCAGCAGAUGCUCUAGCAACAAGCACAAUGCCUUUCCAGAGUGCUGAUUAUUUGCUGGGAUCUUGGCCAUUUGGAGAUACAUUGUGUAAAAUAGUGGUCUCCAUUGAUUAUUACAAUAUGUUUACUAGCAUUUUCACAUUGACAAUGAUGAGUGUUGAUCGAUAUAUUGCUGUGUGCCAUCCAGUGAAGGCUUUGGAUUUCCGUACCCCUUUGAAGGCAAAAGUGAUAAAUGUUUGUAUCUGGAUCCUUGCCUCAGUUAUUGGCAUACCUGUUACAGUGCUGGGGGGCACUGGGACCAGGAAUGAUAGCGUCGAAUGUGAAUUGAAAUUCCCUCAACCCUACUGGUACUGGGACACAGUACUGAAAAUCUGUGUUUUUAUCUUUGCCUUUGUUAUCCCGGUUCUCAUCAUCUCAGCAUGCUACAGUCUGAUGAUUCUACGUUUAAAGAGUGUGAGGCUGCUAUCUGGUUCCAGAGAGAAAGACAGAAACCUGCGUCGAAUCACACGUAUGGUCCUCAUUGUUGUAGCAGUUUUCAUCAUCUGUUGGACUCCCAUUCACAUUUUUGUAUUAGUCAAAGCUUUGACAGAUGUGCCUGAAACUACAGUAGUAUCUGCCUGCUAUUAUUUCUCAGUAGCUCUUGGCUAUACCAAUAGCAGCCUUAAUCCCAUUCUCUAUGCUUUUCUGGAUGAAAAUUUUAAAAGGUGCUUCAAAGAUUUUUGCUGUUCCUCAGGGAUGAAGCUCGAAUUGCAGACCAGCAGCAGAGUAAGGAACACCACACACAAUGCAUUGUUCCGCAAUAGUGUCGGGAAUGCAAACCGGGAAGUAUGACUAGCAGUGGAAAUGUCAUCUCUGGCACCCCAAGCAAGAGAUGACUUUCAGGAUUUAGGUGUGACUCAAAUUACUUCUGAACUUUAAUUCUUCUUUGGAUGAAGAAAAUGAGGUCUAUUUAGCAUUAUAAUACAUGCACUGAUUUGGCCUUUGAAAUUUACUCAACAGAGCAACUGAUCAGUAUGCAUGGGAAAAUGAGUUUCAUUUUAGUAUUCUUUGGCACAAAAUAACAUAUUUAGCAUCUAAGCUAGAUAAUUAGCAUUGAUUCUGAAUUAGUGCUGCAUUUACAUUCCCAUUUCAAUGGGCGAUUGAGUAUGGCAAAUUAACGUGGCAGACUAUGCUACUUUGGAUACAUUGGUUAUAUAAUUCCAAAGUUUACUUUCUAAAAGUGCUCUCAUUGUAAAAUAGCAACAACCAACUGACACUCUGCAAACUGAAACAAUUUCAAAUAUGUUGUGAAAAUCUUAAAAUCAGAUUAAAAGAAGCUUUCUACAGUCAAUCAUACACAAAAUUAUAGGUGUCAUAAAAUGUGCUGUUACCAACUUAUCAAUGCUUUUACAUAAAAGAUGUUGAGUAUUUCAAUUAUAUAAAAUAAAUACAAAUUGAAAGUACUGCGUCCAAUAACAGUAAGUGGAAUGUCAUUUUAGAAAAAAUAGUUCUACUUGCAAACCAAGACCAAAAUGCUUUUGUUUGUAAAACAAAUUUGCAUACUAAAGUUUUAAGAGCAAAAGACUUUUAUCGUGAGCUGCGGUUGGGAUGUAAAAUUUCAUUUAACAAACAUAUCGCUCAAAGACAAGUCUGAAUGUAAAUGACUAUAUUCCAGAACUGAGACUGAGGCAAUGAAGUGGGGUUUGGAAGAGGCAAUUAAGUCUAAAUCAAGAAGCCAAAAGUCCUUAAUCUGACAAGUGAUGUGCAAUAGAAAGGUUAAAUAAAAUGCAACAGAAAGCUUACUGGAAUCAAUUUUACAACAGUACACUCAUGACAAAGAUCUUCACUUGCCAAUCAGAAAGGAAAUCACAAAUUUUUGACUAUUGCAUAAAUUAUGUCCACGGAAAUAUUUAUCUUUAUUAAAAUGUUAUUAAUUGCUGUUUUAAAAUGUGACUGUGAAUUUAAAGAAAAAUUAGAACAUGUGUAAAUGUUUUAUCUUUGCUACUAACAUAUUGUAAGAUGUUUACAUAUUGACAUAUUUCUAUUGUAAUUGAAGAAAAAUAAUCAAAUUGUGCUACGUAACCUCACUCACCGAGUUCUUGUUGGCAAUUUUCUGGUGCUCAGAACAGUACCUGUGCUGCAUUUAAAAUUGUCAGAUUAUUUUGCCCUGGUGUUGCACACUGUUCACUAUUUUGAUGUAUGUAAAUAUUUUCAGAAAUGUAGUCAGUCAUGUAUUGGAAUUGGUGUUGUCUUGAUUUUGAAUAUGUUUGUGAAAUUGAUAUUAAAUAAAA